GUAGCGUGUAACAUCGCGUUGAUCUCGAGUCGGGUUGAACUGAGGAUGAUGCUUUUGCUUACAUUGCAGAGACAAAAAUCUUGGCGAACAACCUGUUCGAUUUCAGUGCUGUUUGCAUUUGUAUUUUUCAACUUAAUCGCCUCUGACGACAACCUCGUCAAUGGAUUCACGUAUGUUAGACGACAAUGGAACGACACGUGGACAGAUCAAUUGAAAAAGGUUCUUCUCUUCAGAUACGACAAAUUCGCCAGACCCGCUCAACACUUCAACAAAACAGUCGUAGACUUUGACAUUCGCAUACUCGAAGUUGCAGUGGACGACUCGAAAUCUUCGAUGGACGUUCAAUGCUGGAUCAAAAUGGCAUGGACGGACGAUAAGCUCAAAUGGAACCCAACAGAUUAUGGAGGCCUGGAUCAACUGCACGUGGGAAAUCACGAAGUUUGGCAACCCGAUAUAAUCUUAUAUAACAGCGCAGCUGCUGCAUCGAUCGAGUAUUACGGCGACACUCACUGCCUCAUAUACUCUAAUGGCACAGUGAUCUGGGUACCACCGGCCCAGUUUCAUGCUCUGUGCCAUCUCGAUCUUCGGUUUUGGCCAUUCGACACACAAGAAUGUUAUUUGAAAUUGGGCUCGUGGACGUAUCACGGUGAAGAGAUUGAUUUGCGACUCUCGAAAACGCCCAUGCACCUCUCUGCGACUAAAAAGUACUCGCAAUGGGAAAUACUAUCGAUGACGGCGGAUCGCUCUUUGAAAUCUUACGGUCCUCACAAAUACGUCUCAUUGGUUUAUGCCUUCACGUUGAAGAGGCUCGCACCCAUCUAUUAUUCCACACUCGUCGCACCUGCUGCCACAAUCGUCUUCUUAAUUCUGGUUAUCUUUUGGCUGCCACCACAGAACAGUGAAAAGAUGAAUUUGUGUGGUCUGACGACCUUAAUAAUAUCAAUAUUUUUGAUAUAUUUCGGACACAAGCUGCCACCCCUUCACGGAAAACCACCGCUUUUAAUUUGCUUCUACAGCGGCUGUCUUCAUGUUGUUACAUUUUCUUUGAUAAUAUCGGCUCUGGUGAUAAAUCUCUCACGGCAUCCUCACUGUCGACCACUUCCCCGUCUGUUGAAGAAAAUUCUCGUAGGAAAACUGGGCCAGUAUUUGGCUCUGUGCGAUGAAAUCAGGCUGAUCGAGUCUCGAAGAUCGGAGGGUGAGCAAGAAUUAAGAGAGAACGAAAGUAUGGGCGGAAAUUCGUACAGACAAUCGAGCCCCGGCUCGUUCAAUUGCUCGGAAAAUGGCGAAAGGGAAAACAUAAUUGUACCAGCAACGAGUACGAAUCAGUUGGAGUGGAUUCUUGCAGCAACGGUUGUCGACCGAUUGGCAUUUUUCUUAUUUUCUACUAUUUUUGCAAUCAUGGCUAUGGUUUGUCUCACCUAAGAAUCGCAAUGAUUCUCUCUCCCCUCCCCGAAUCUAUCAGCCAUAAGUAAACAAAUAUUUUACUAAAUAUUUUUCCAAUUCCAUUGAAUUUCUUCCAUCCGCGAUAAUCCUUUCGAGGUCUGGGCCAAAAAACUUUCAGCACUUCCGACUAACCGACCAAAUAGGAAAGUAACUUUAUUCCGACAUUUCAUUCAUCCAACUUUUUCUUCUUGAUCCGACACAGAAAAUGUUUUCCAUAUUUUUCUGAAUAAUUUAUUUUCUAAAAUAAUAAUAUACAAUUAGCGCUAUAAAAUUUAGUGUUGUAUAAAGACAAAGAAGCGUAUAAUAAAUGGAAUAAUGAGAGAAACAAUA